AAUUGGUAUUUGGUACGAUGUCGUACUGGUGAUUUCUUGGGAGUAUGAACUAUGAAGUGCAGCUGACGACGGACGUUCAGUAAGCUUGGAGAACAGACGUUUCAACAGGGAAGAAAGCUUUGCGACAUUUUGUGAGAUAAGAGGAUCAAGGGGGACUCCCCUUCCAGAUUCUUUGAGAAAUGUUCUUGGAGCUGGUUUGGGGUGGGAGGUCUAGUACAUUCCUUCACGCGCUAACGCCAAGCUAAUUGAUGUGGGGAUUUGCUUUUAAUGGUCUCAGAUUCUCAUUAUGAUCCUAGGUGCUCCUCUUUCAUUCAUUUCAGAUUGCACCAUACUCUGACGAGCAAAAAUAGGCUGAAGAAAUCUAGUGUUGUGAAAUUAUAGAGCUUGUGGUUGUUAUCUAUUCAGAAAAGAGACAUGCCUGGGCAAAAGAUUGAGACAGGUCACCAGGACAUUGUUCAUGAUGUGGCAAUGGAUUAUUAUGGCAAACGUCUGGCUACUGCUUCUUCUGACAACGCUAUUAAGAUAAUUGGAGUUAGCAACUCGAGAUCUCAGCACCUUGCUACUUUAACUGGUCACCGAGGGCCAGUAUGGCAAGUUGCAUGGGCCCAUCCUAAGUUUGGGUCGCUCCUUGCUUCUUGUUCUUAUGAUGGAAAGGUUGUAAUAUGGAAGGAAGGCAAUCAAAAUGAGUGGAUUCAGGCUCAUGUUUUCGACGAUCAUAAAGCCUCUGUGAAUUGUAUUUCUUGGGCUCCUCAUGAGCUAGGUCUUUGUCUGGCAUGUGGAUCCACAGAUGGCAACAUCUCGGUGUUCACUGCAAGAUCAGAUGGUGGAUGGGACAAAUCACAAAUUGAACAGGCUCAUCCAGUUGGGGUUACAUCAGUCACAUGGGCCCCAUCAACUGCCCUUGGUGCUCUUAUAGGUUCUGGCCUACUCAAUCCUGUUCGGAGACUAGCAUCUGGUGGCUGUGAUAAUACGGUGAAAGUAUGGAAGUUUGAUAAUGGAACUUGGAGGAUGGAUUGCUUCCCUGCUCUUAAAAUGCAUACUGAUUGGGUGAGGGAUGUUUCCUGGGCACCCAACUUGGGGCUUCCUAAGUCAGUGAUUGCAAGUGCUUCUGAAGAUGGAAAGGUAAUAAUAUGGACGGCACUCAAGGAAGGUGAUCAAUGGAAUGGUAAGAUUUUGAAGGACUUUGGAUCUGCUGUUUGGAGGGUCUCUUGGUCGCUGACUGGGAACACGCUCGCUGUGGCUGAUGGGAAAAGUAACAUCACAGUAUGGAAAGAAGCAAUAGAUGGGGAGUGGCAGCAGGUGACUGCAGUUGAAUCAUAAACUUAGGUGACAGUUUGGUUUUAUUUUUUCCCUAAUAGUGAAAAUUAGGUCCAAUAAGAAAUUAACUCGCAUAUAUUCGUUAUACUUUACUGAUACAGCGGAGUAACUUUGCUUACAGCAUCCUUCUGCAUCAUCCAUGAUAAGUACGCAUUAUGACAACAUAACUGUUUUCUGUUUUUGUUCCGAGAAUUCAUAAACAAUGGGAAAGUAGCUAGUUAUAGUGGUA